AUGGUCACAAUUGUUAAGACAAGGACCAACCCAAAGACAGGAAAGAAGGAGAAGUACGAGGUAGAAGUUCCAAUCGAUUCACAAGAAGCUAUUGAUGCAGGCGUUGGCAAAAAACUUAAGAAAGGAAGGAAACUUAGAAGAGGAAAGAAGGGAUCUACAGAAGCUGCAGCAACAACCACAAAGAAGCACAUUAUCAGAAAAGGUGGUCGAUUGGUCAGGAGAACUAUCAAAAUCAUUCGAAGGAAAGUUAAUCCUAAAACUAAGAAAGAAGAACUUGUUGAAGAACCAAAAGUCAUCCGAGUCAGACUACGGAAAUCAGAUCCACCAAGUGUUCAACAGUCUCUCAUUGAAGCGGCUGGUAUCCGUGCAUGUGAAAGAUCACAAUUACUUGUUGAAAAGAAGAAAGGCCGUAGAGGUAAAAAGAAAGGAAAGAAAAUUGUCCGUAAAUUUGUCACCAUUGUUCGAAGAGUUGUUAAUCCCGAUACCGGCAAAGAAGAAGUUGUUGAAGAGAAGAAACUCGUUGAAUGCGAAGUUCUUCCCGAAGCAUCUGCAGACAUAGAAAACCAACUUGUCGACAAAAUGACAGUCGAAGCUACAGAAAAGAACAUGAAUGAAGAAGAGAAGAAUCGUCAAAAGAAAGACAAGAAACGAGGCAAGCGUAGAAUCAUUCACAAGAUCAUUGAAGUGAUUAAGAAACGAACUAACCCAGAAACAAACGAAGAAGAAGUCAAAGAAGAAAAGCAAAUCAUCGCUGUUUCUGUUCCGGAAGAAAAUCCACCAAACUUAGACAAUGAAAUCAUCCAAGACAUUGCUAAAGAAAGUGCUAUCAAAUCACAGAUCGAAGAGAACAAUGCAACUGGUUAUUCAUCUAAAGAUGUUGCAAGUGAAUUCAUCACUAAUUCUAUCAAACAAAUCAAUCCAGAAACUGGAAAAGAAGAAAUCAUCGAAGAACUUAAGUUAGUUUCAGUUAAUGUUAACAAAGGAAGCAGUCCAGAAGAGAGAUCUAAAGCUAUCACGGAUAUUGCAAACGAAGCUAUGCAAAAGGAAGAUCUAUCAACUGUCGUCAAGAAGAAGAAAGGAAAGAGAAUUGUUCGAAAGAUCAUUAAAAUUGUCAAGAAGAAAGUCAAUCCUAAGACUGGCAAAGAAGAAAUCUGUGAAGAAAACAAAGUUGUCGGUGUUGAAGUUGAUGACAAAUCACCACCAGAAGUUGUCGAGAAUCAGAUCGAAAAAGCACUUCUUGAUAUUCAAAACAAAGAGAAUGAAGAAAAUCAAGAAAUUUUAGCCCAAUUUGAUGCCAAAAACGAAGGUAUUGACAUCCAAACAACACGUGCACGAAGAAAGAAGAAAGUUAUUGUCCAGAAAUUCGUCAAAGUUAUCCGAAAAGUUGUCAAUCCAAAGACAGGUAAAGAAGAAGUUGUUCAAGAAAAGAAAUUGAUUAAUGUUGAAGUUCCAAACGACAUUCCACCAUCAGCUCAGAACCAAGAAUUACAGAAAGUUGCUAAAGACCUUGUUUCUACAAUGAGUUCUGAUUCCAACAAUGAAAUAUUCCCUAAUUUCGUUACCGUUGUUAAGAAAUCACGAGAUCCAGUGACAGGUAAAGACAUUUUUGUUGAAGACUUGCAGUUAAUUGCCGCCGAAGUUCCUAAGAAUUCAAGUCCAGAUGCCAAAGAGAAAGCUGUUGAAACACUUGCACAAGAAUCGAUGAAGAAUGAAAUUGAUAUUAGUCAGAUUCCUAAUGCUAAAAUUGCAUCUCAGUUUGUUACGGUUGUUCAGAAGGAAGUAAAUCCAGAAACAGGCUUAGAAGAAGUUUUCGAAAACAAGCAGUUAGUUUCACUUGUUAUUCCACAGAACACUCCUCCAGAAAUUGAACAACAAGUCAUUGACAAUGUUUCAUCUGAAGUUAUCAAACAGAAAUCAGAUGAAAUCAGCAAGUCAGACAUCGACAGUAACGGUGACAAAACCGUUGUCGAAGUUGAUCAACAAACAGGCGAGAUUCGCAAAGUUAAGCGUAAAGCUAAACCACGACGUGUUGUUCACAAGAUCAUCAAGACGGUUAAGAAAGUAACUAAUCCAAUUACAGGCAAAGAAGAACUCAAAGAAGAGAAGCAACUUGUUGCAGUUCAAGUCCCAAUUGAUGCAUCGCCAUCAGAAGAAUCACAGCAGCUCGAAGAAGUUGCCGCUGAAAUGAUUGAAAAGAAGCAAGAAGAGAAAGAACUUCAUGAAGCCAAGCAAACCGGAGAAGAAAUCGUUUCAGAUGUUGACCGUAAGACAGGCAGAAAGAUUCUUCGUAAGAAGAAUCCUAAGAAACGAAUUGUUCACAAGUUCAUCACUGUUGUUAAAAAGAAAGUUAAUCCAAUGACUGGCAAAGAAGAACUGUUUGAAGAAAAGCAGUUAGUUGCCGCUGAUGUUCCUAUUGAUGUUCCACAAGAAGUUGCAAAUGCACAAGUCGAAAAGCUUGCUGAAGAAGCGAUCGAUGAAGAGAACAAACGCAAGGAGUAUUUAGAAGACAAACACGCAAUGCAGAAUGGUGAAACAGAUGAACAACGAAUGGCCCGUAAACGCCGUAGAAAGCGUGUUGUCCAUAAAUACGUCACUGUUGUUAAGAAACGUGUUAAUCCAGUUACAGAGAAAGAAGAAUUGAUUGAAGAGAAGCAAUUAGUAUCUGCGGAAGUUCCUCGUGAAACACCACCAGAAGCUGCAGAUGCAGUUAUUGAACUUAUGGCAGCUGCACAAGUUCAGAAGAGUUCGGCAGAAGAAGAAAAGCGAUUCCCACGCAAGAAAGGACGUCGUGUUGUUCACAAAUUCAUGACAGUUGUUAAAAAGAAGGUAAAUCCAUCAACAGGUAAAGAAGAAGUUGUUGAAGAGAAACAGUUAGUUGCCGCUGAAGUUCCACAAGAGAGCAAUCCAUCAAAUGAUGAAGCUGCUAUCGAAGCAGUUGUAUCUGAACAAGUUUCUAAAGAACAACAAAAGAAUGAAGAAGCUAAUGAAAAGAUUUCAUCUCUCACCGGCAAGAAACCAGCUAAAAAGAGAAUUGUUCAGAAAGUCAUUGUUGUUCCUCGUAAGAAGUUCAAUCCGCAGACAGGCAAAGAAGAUAUUGUUAACGAGAAGCAGCUUGUUGCCGUUGAAGUUCCGGUUCAAUCAUCAGACAACGAAUCCAAGCAUGUCUUGGACGAAAUUGAGAAUCUCCAGAAAUCCGGAAAACGUCCAAUCCGAAAGAUGAUUCCAGUUGAACGAUACACAGUAGACAGCGACACUGGUCUUGACAAGAAGUACAUUGACACUGUUGAGAUUGAGUUCUCAGAAGAUGAUCCCGAUGGCGAGCGUAAGGCGACUGAAGCAGUUUAUCAACAUAUUCGUGAUGAUUACCUUCAGAAACGACAGAUUUACAAUCAGAACAAACAGGCGGAAAAUGAUAAAGUUCGCGCUCAAAUGCUUUCUAUGCAGAAGGCCGCUCUUGAAGAGAAGAAGCGUCUUGAAGAAGAGCAACAACGUAUUAAACUUCUUGAAUCGCAAAAAUCAAAUGAUGAAAGUCAAUUUGAAGAAGAAGAGGAAGAAGAAAUCAUUGAUGAAGAAGAAGAAAUCAUCAUUGAAUACUCAGAAAGCGAAUCUGCACCUAAAGAACCAAAGAAACCGAAAGUCAUCAUUGAAUACUACGAAGAAGAUGAAGAGGAAGAAGUCGAAGUCCAUAACAUCACCGUCGAAGUUGAUGAAAAUGGAAAUGUCUUGAAUGCUAAUGACAAAGUUGACGGAAAGAGUCAAUCUCCUAUGUCCAUGUACAAAGCAGGAACAAACAUCAAUGAUAUCAUUAAACAAAUGGGAGAUAACGUCAUCCAGAAAGAGGUUACAAUUGACGAAAACGGAAAUCCUAUUCAAUAA